AUGUCUGCCGAUGAAUCUCAGGCCGAAAUCAACGUCGAAGACAUCUAUCCGGGUUUCCAUAUUUUUCAAGGAUUGAAAUACGGUCUAGAUUUCGAAAAAGCUAUCGUUGAGGAGCGUAUUAUCGAACUUGUCGCAAAAAUCAUCAAUUCCGACAAUCCUCCAACAACAAAUAACGUUACUCCUUGCAUAAACAUUCCUCGGCGACUAACUUAUCUCGUCAAUAACCCCAACCUCAGAAUCUAUGGACAACUGUGGCGAUGGACACACAUCCGUAAACUCUACAUAGAAAGAGAAUUGUCAAAGUUUCAAGCCGACAGAACCUGUUAUUCAGCCAUUCAUGGUGAAAUUUGUCUCAACCCAUUACACUACUUGAAGAAGAGCCGACCAACUUCGAGCCUCGCAUGGUGUCCACCUCUUCAUCCGUGGGCGACCAUCGCGUAUUACGAAAAGUGUCGUAAAUUAGAAACUUUUCAGUGUUUUCCACCUGAGGUUCAGGUAAAUUGUAAUACCGUGCCUGGACGAGCAGUAGGAUGUUUCAGUUUGGACGGAAUUCGAAACGAGUUACGAGAAGACGAAGUGACCAAUACGAGAAGACAAAUAGGAGACGGAAUUUCUCUAUAUUAUGUGAAUGGACAGGUUUUUGUGCAUUUGUUGUCUGACUCGGGCGUUUAUAUCGAAGCGCUAUAUUGUAAUAGGGUUAAAAACCAUAGAAAACAUACUCUUCAUUGGUUACAGCCAUUUGAUGUAACAUCCAUGCAGCUUAUGGAUGAUGAUGGAUUCCAUAUAUUAUUGGAUAAGGCGGUACAAGAAGGAGAUGAAGCGGUAUAUGACCUUGCGAAGAUUUUUACCAUACGAGUAGUUUUUGUGGACCAUUGGAGAACGAAUACACCAGUUACAAAUUACAAUUGUUGGAUAGAGAUACGAUUAUGUAGACAGAUGAAAUGGAUAGACAACGCUUUGAGACAAAUGGGAGCCCCAUAUAAACUCCAUUAUUGA